UCCAUGUCUGAACCCUAGCUUGUACUUGGGUUUGAACUCUCUCUAUAAAACCCACAUUAGUCUCUCCAAGUUUCCUCUCUUUUUGUUGUCAAUCUAAGAUCACUACCGUUUUGCUAGAAGGUUAAGGCUAAGAAGAAACUAAACACAAUGACGCUACAGCUUACAAGCUUGGUAGUAGGGCUUCUUUUUGUUAUGCAUGCCCUAGGCCAGUCUAGCACUGCACAUGCUCAUCAAGGUAAAGGAGAUAUUUCCGUGACUGGGAAACAUGCAGUAUUGCCUGAUCAAAAGGAACCAAAUGUUGAUGGAAUUUCAAUAGCUGGGUCAAGGAUGAUAUGGCUUGGAGGAAGGAAAAUGGUGGCACACAAAGUGUUAAGGAAAUUAGAGCCAACAAGACCAGCUGGGCAGCUGAAUGAAGAGGCUAGUACCACCUUCAAGAAUUCAGGCAAGGAUAAUUCUAAAGCUUCAAGCAAUUCCCAUGGAAAACCUCAAAACAAAUUAAACCAAGAUGAUAUGAAGACACUGGAGCUGACAGCAUUGAAAAGUACUUCUGCCGGUAGUUUGGAAAUUCCCAGAGAUCUUAAACCAAAUCACUCCCAAAAUUUCAAGACAAAGCGGCCAACAACCAAGGCUCCAAAGAUUACAACUUAUGACGAAAAAGAUGAUCAUAAGUUGACAGAUGAAGCAAGAAGGCUUCUUAAGGCGACAAGAGAGAUAGUAAACCUGAUGCAUAAAGAUUAUCACCGAAUGGGAAGCCGCAAGCCGCCGAUACAUAAUUUUGAGCCACGGGCUUGAGAUUGAGUAGCACUCAAUCUUUUUCAAACGUACGGGUUUAGCUGGCUAGGCUCACAAUUUUGCCCACCUAGGAAUAUCUACAGAUCAGUCCACUAUAGCUAGCCUAUAUAGAAUACGGUGUAUUACUAAUUACUGUGUGUUUCUUUAAUUUAUUUUCUUUGUUUUUAUCAAGCUUAGGAAACUAUAACAAAUAGUGCUCUGAAAUAAAAGUGUGCAUGACUUCAUAUCA